UUCUCGGAAUAUAUGUGCAAAUAAUUCUAGUGCAUAUAUGGAAUAUGAAGUGACCUAAAUGAUUUGUGCAUGAUGAUGAUAAACCCGUGAGUGAGCCAAAACUAACUGACUUCAAUCUUCCCCCUCAGUACAUUACGUGACAAAAUCCCAACUUCCACAUAUUGACAACUCCUUGGCCGGCUACUUCACAUGUCCCCAAAAUCCAUCAGAAAUCCCAGCCAUCAGCCACCUUUAAUUUUUCUUACUCCUCUCUCUCUCUCUCUCUCUUUUUCUCUCUGUCUCUGGUAAAGAAGAUGCAGUGCUAUUAAUCCGUUUUGUAGCCUUUGUAAAGUUUCUCCUUAUGAGAAGUCCUUAUUCAUGCCAACCAAGUGUCUCUUUUGCCCAAAUUUGACUUUAACCGCACCGAGCCGAGAUAUAUAGAGAUUUUCCUCACCAGUCACUUUACAAUUGAAACCAAAAAGUUGAACAGUCAAUUAUAGUUGAUUCAUUUCCAGAAUAUUGCAAAAAGUUCUCUAUAGGCAGCAGCAAACCAAUAAUGGAUCGCUUCCCUAUAAUAUUGGCCAGGUACCACUACUACUAGUCUAGUCUUUUUCUCUUGUCUUCUCUUCUUAUUUCCUUAAAAAAAAAAAAACCAAAUCUAAUAAGCCCAUUCACCAGUUCAAUUGGCGAUAGACUUUUCUCUAAUUCCUUCCUUUCAUGAUGCAAUUUACUGAGAGUUUACCACCCCAAGUUUCACCGUUUUCGAGUUUGAUAUUGAUGAACAAGAAUAGAACUAGUACUAAUAAUAAUCAGAUCCAACAUGCGCGUCCGUGGCCUGGUUUUCACACAUCGAAGAAUUUGGGAAAUAUUGGAGAUACUAAUUGCAUGGAACAAUUGUUAGUCCACUGCGCCAAUGCCAUCGAGAGCAACGAUGCGACUUUAGCACAACAAAUCUUGUGGGUCCUUAAUAAUAUUGCCCCUCCUGAUGGUGACUCGAACCAACGACUCACUUGUGGAUUCCUCCGAGCCCUAAUUAUUCGCGCAGCGAAAAUAGGGACUUGCAAAUUACUCACUGCCAAUCUCAAUCAUUCAAUGGAAACUCAUAAAUUCUCCAUCAUUGAGCUUGCAAGUUUCGUUGACUUAACCCCGUGGCAUCGAUUCGGGUUUACGGCUGCUAAUGGAGCUAUAUUAGAAGCUGUGGAAGGUUACUCUAUUAUUCACAUUGUUGAUUUUAGCUUGACUCAUUGCAUGCAAAUUCCCACACUUAUAGAUGCAAUUUCUACUCGAGUAGAAGGACCGCCGUUAGUCAAACUAACGGUAGCUGGUGCAACGGAAGAUUUACCGCCAAUGCUUGAUCUUUCUUACGAGGAGUUAGGUGCUAAAUUGGUAAAUUUCGCAAGGUCACGAAACGUGAUGAUGGAAUUUAGAGUAAUUCCUUCAAGUUCAUCGGACGGGUUUUCGAAUGUAAUCGAACAGCUACGUGUCCAAAAUCUAAUACGUCCUGAGAAUGGCGAAGCGCUAGUAAUAAAUUGUCACAUGAUGCUUCAUUACAUACCGGAAGAAACAACAGUAGUGCCCAAUCGAUUUACAUCGGAGUGUACUACUAAUUCAUUCCGUACCAUGUUUCUUAAGGCCAUUCGGAAUUUGGACCCGACGAUUGUUGUGUUAGUGGACGAAGACGCGGAUUUCACGUCUAAUAAUCUCGUCUGCAGAUUAAGGUCCGCGUUUAAUUAUUUAUGGAUACCUUAUGAUACUGUGGAUACGUUUCUUCCACGAGGGAGCAAGCAAAGGCAGUGGUACGAAGCGGAUAUUUGCUGGAAAAUUGAGAAUGUGAUAGCUCAGGAGGGUCUACAACGACUCGAAAGGCUGGAGCCGAAGAGUCAGUGGGUGCAACGUAUGAGAAAUGAAAAUUUCAGGAACAGUGGAUUUAGUGAAGAGGGAGUUACGGAAGUGAAGAACAUGCUGGAUGAGCAUGCAGCUGGCUGGGGGCUAAAGAGGGAUGACGAAGAUCUUGUGCUUACAUGGAAAGGACAUAAUGUUGUCUUUGCUACUGCUUGGGUUUCUCUUUAGCUAGUUAAUUUCAUUUGGCUUAGUAUUAAUUUUCGUUAUAUUUUAUCUCGAUCCAAUCUUCUUGAUUAGUAAUUAGUAAUUAGUAUUCAUGAUAUCGCUCUUUCUCUUCGUGAUGAAUAUGAUGAGCUUAGUUAAUUGGCUUAAAUAUAGGAAGAAAGCUGACCUUACAAAAUAAGAUCGCAUAUUCUUAGUUUUUUGGUAUGUCAUUAGGGGCGGGGAAGGGAGAGGGGGGAGGAAGAUGCUAUGUUGUGAUGGAGUUUGAAUACAUCGUCUCAAUUGUGGAAAGCAGAGAGCUUACAAAGUGAGCGAUCCUCAACCCCUCAUAUUUUUUAAGUAUCUAUUUAAUUUUUGUCAUCUAAUGAUCUCUAGAUUUAUUUAGUUCUUCAGGUUCGGGAAAGGACCCGACCAUAAGGGUUUAUUGUACACAGUCUUACCUUGCAUUUCUGCCAGAGGUUGUUUUUAAGACUUGAACCCGUGACCUUCUGAUCACAUGGCAGCAACUUUACCAGUUACUCCAAGGCUCCCCAUCACGUGGAAUUGAAGUUCUAAUAAAAAGACAUGAGCUGUCCCUUUUUUUUUGGUGGAAACAACCUUAAGGCUUAAUUUAGAGGAUUUGUUUGAAAACUAAUUAAGCUACUAACUUGUGAUUUAUAAUUUAGAUGCAUGAUUAUUUUGGUGCACUUAAAAGAUAGGGUGACUACACUUUGAUUUCUUUAUGUAGCACUUUUUCAUUUGUUUGACGAGCUAGAGCCUAGAAGCCUUUAAU